UGAGGUGGUGUGAGAGCGGUUGCGUAGCUCUAUACGCUCCAGUGGGGCUGGCUGACGAUAGAGAAUAAGCAUCGGUGAGGUAAAAACCUCUGGUGAGGAGAGAAAAAAGAGUAUGGUACCAGUUUUUAGCAGUGACGGAGGGUCGCAAACCAUAGCUUAUUCCUGUCAGCUCCUUGUCCGUUGUCUUGGCCAGCAUGGGCCCACCCAGGUUGGGAAGGGUGCAGUCUAUGGGCCGAGGCAUGCCUCGGUAUUGGCAGCUCUGGUAGGGUCUAGUGUUGAAGCGUUUGGCGUGGGAUGAAUGCCCAGGGAUGCCUAUAUUAGCUGCUUUUGUGGUUGGAGACCGGCACUUGAUUCUAGUUCUUUUCCAGUCAGCAUCAAUUCUGUGAAGCAAAGUAUUACUAUGAACAUCAAUCAUAAAGGUGGCUUAAAACUUAACAAAAUUGAGAAGAAGUUCUUAAGGAAACAGAGUAAAGCCAGGCAUGUGUUGCUGAAACAUGAAGGCAUCCAGGCAGUAUCUUAUCCCACUCAGAGCCUGGUUGUUGCCAAUGGUGGUCUUGGUAAUGGUGUGAGUAGGAAGCAACUGCUUUUGGCUUUAGAGAAUUGUGGACCCAUGGAAGCUCUCUUAAUGCCACCUAAUAAACCUUAUGCUUUUGUAAUAUACAAAACUAUCGAAGAAUCCAGGAAAGCAUAUGCUAACCUCAAUGGAAAAGAAAUCAUUGAUGAUUUGGGGCAGAAGAUCAUUCUGUACUCAAAUUAUGUGGAACAAGCACAAUGGAAAAAGUUGGGGCUUCAAGCCUUGCCUCCCGGCCUCUUGGUGGUAGAAGAAAUUAUUUCUUCUGAGGAUGAGAAAAUGCUUUUGGAAAGUGUUGAUUGGGCAGGAGACACAGGCAAUCAGAACUUUCAAAAGUCCUUAAAACACAGAAGAGUUAAACAUUUUGGUUAUGAAUUCCACUAUGAGAACAACACUGUGGAUAAAGAUAAGCCCUUACCUGGCGGUCUUCCUGAUAUUUACAACAGCAUUUUGGAAAAAUGGUUGAAUGAAGGUUACAUUAAACAUAAACCUGAUCAGUUGACCAUAAAUCAGUAUGAGCCUGGGCAUGGAAUUCCUGCCCAUAUUGACACACAUUCUGCAUUUGAGGAUGAGAUUAUAUCUCUCAGUUUGGGGUCAGAGAUUGUUAUGGAUUUUAAGCACCCAGAGGGUGUCACUGUACAAGUUAUGUUACCUCGUCGGAGUUUGCUGGUGAUGACAGGAGAAUCUAGAUACCUUUGGACUCAUGGAAUUACACCCAGAAAAUUUGAUACUGUCCCAGCAUCUGAGCAGUUCAAAGGUGGAAUAAUCACCAGUGACAUCGGAGACUUGACUUUAAGCAAGCGGGGAAUUCGAACAUCAUUUACGUUUAGGAAAGUGAGGCGUGUGCCCUGUAAUUGUAGUUACUCCUCGGUCUGCGACAAACAGAAGAAGGCCACACUUCCUUCCCUUCCAGAGAGCAGUAAAGAAGCAUGCCAGCUGGAACAAAAGCAUGUUCAUCGUGUCUAUGAUUUGAUUGCAAGGCACUUCAGCAGCACAAGACACAGCCCAUGGCCACGCAUCGCGGAGUUCCUGAAAGCUUUGCCGAGUGGUUCUCUAGUGGCAGAUAUUGGAUGUGGAAACGGAAAGUACCUUGGCAUCAACAAGAAGUUAUAUAUGAUUGGGUGUGAUCAUAGCCAGAACCUUUUGGACAUUUGUAGAGAGAGGAAGUUUCAGGCCUUAGUCUGUGAUGCACUGUCUAUUCCAUUCCGAAGUGGGUCUUUUGAUGCUUGCAUCUCCAUUGCUGUCAUUCAUCAUUUUUCAACUGCGGAGCGUAGAGUGGCAGCUCUCCAAGAACUUGUCCGUCUCCUGAGACCUGGUGGGCAGGCCCUCAUAUAUGUCUGGGCAAUGGAACAAGAAUAUAAAAAUCACAAAUCCAAGUACCUUAGAGGAAGCAAAAUUUGCCUGCAAGAUAAAAAGGAGAUAAACAAUGUCAUAGCCACUGAAGGAUUGCUAGUAAAUCAAAUGUCUGAUGAAGGUAGUGAAGACCUAGCAUCUUCUGUCCCCUCCACUGAUAAUAUCAAGGAGGAAGGAUGUAAGCCAAGGAAAGUUCCUAAUUCUGAGCUGCCUGUUCAUACAAACCGGACUUCUUUUCAUUCCCAAGAUGUGCUGGUUCCAUGGCACCUCAAGAGAAAUCCUGGUAAAGACAAAGCCGUUGAGCCCUUUGGCCUAGCAGGAUGCCCUGAUCCAUGUCCUGUGUUUCAUCGUUAUUACCAUGUUUUCUGUAAUGGAGAAUUGGAGGCUUCUUGCCAGGCUCUGGGUGAUGUUAGCAUUCUGCAGAGCUACUAUGAUGAGGGGAAUUGGUGUGUUGUUCUUCAGAAGGUCUGAUCUGAACAUAUCAGGUGUAAAGAAAAAAAAAAUGCCUAUCUGUUUCUUCGAAGGAAGAUAAAUUAUCCCUUUAAAUAAUGAGGAAGCUUUGGGAGACAUUACCAAAAGAAAACUGAGAGCAGAGAUUACAGAGGUAACAUUCUAUCUGUGAUUUUUGGCUGACUUCAUAAAAAUAGGUUCCUCUUACAUGCCUUCUAAGUAUGAUGUUGAAAAGUGAUUGGCAUUAACUUGUGAAAGGUCUGUAAUCUUUGUGAAAGUGUACAGCAUUUUGAAGCUAACCUUUCCUUAUAAAGUGUUUAUAAAGAUCCUAAACUAUGUAGGAUCAAAAUGAAGCAAUUAUGUAACCUUUUAAUGACUUGAAGACUCCUGGACAACAGGACACUAUCUGAAGUAUUAUUUACAACUGAUUGUUCCUAAGAAAAUCAUAGCAACUUUCUCACCACGUCUUUCUAGCACACUGGGGAUGCCCAGGAAAACUUUAGCCACAUAUUUCUCAGAAGUAAUAGAAACUUCAUUCAACAGAUAUUCAUUAAACUCCUACCAUUUACUAUUAAGUACUAGGAAUGAAGCUGUAAGCAAGUAAAGGAGGUUGGGUUGUAGCUUAGUGAAAGAACAGGUGUUUCUAAUGGAAGCCCUGGAUUUAAUACCCAUCACCACAAACAAACAUAGCAGCAGAAAACAAGAGCAAAGUCCUUCCUAGGAAGCUUGCUUUCUAGAAGGUGAGGCUGACAAAAGCAAACAAAUAGUAAAUAUUAUGUUCCUGGUAAUCAUAAAUGACAUAUAAAAAAGUAAAUUGGAGGCUGAAAGGGAUAUUAACCUUUGAGAAAAAGAUUACUUUUUAAUGGCUGAAAUAACUACCAAUCCUGACUGAUGAAUUGCCAGGAACCACUACUAUUCCUCAUCUAUGGGUUUAAGUUCUAAAGACAACUCAAAUAGUUCUCUUUAACAGUUAAAUUGCAAACGUUAAAAUGUUAUCAGCCACACCAAACUUUGUUCUUUCAGUCACAAUUGACUGUUUUUUCUAAUUCAUCAUUUGUUCCAAUCUAGGAAGAAUGGAGGCAUUUUCAUCUAGUCAGUGAAACCAAAAGCAUGUUCUUGGAAAGUACUUCUAAAAUUGAUGAAUAUCUAGCCAGACUGAAUUGACCAGGAAGAAACUUUUAUGAUUUUUUAAUUGACUCAAUCAAAAAACAUAAUUAAAAGCAACAUGUACAUGCUUUAAGACUAUAACUUUAUUUAAAACAUUAUAAUUAACAGAUUAAAAAUUAUAGUAAGACACUCUCAAAUGAGACUUCUAUUUGAAUAUACAAUUUUCUCUUUCUUUUCUAUUUAUGAGAGAGAAUCUCAUGUAGUGCAGUUUGGUCUCAAUCUAAGUACCCAGUUCUCUGCUUUUACCUCUCCAGACCUGGUAUAACAACAGACCUGGUAACACAACAGCCUAAGAAUAGUUUGAUAUUAUUUAUAUUGAAAAAAUUAAGAUAUUAUUUAUAUAUUAAAAUGGUGGUUCUCAACCUGUGGGACAGGACCACUGGUAGCCAAACCACACUUUCACAGGAGUUGCAUAAAACCAUUAGAAAUAUAUAUUUAUAAUAGUAUUCAUAACAGUAGCAAGAUUAGUUAUGAAGUAAUAAAAAUAAAUUUAUAGUUUAUUUUUAUGUAUAUUCCUACAACAGGAAGGGCGGUAUUAAAUAAUCAAAGCAUUGGAAAAGAUAAGAACCACAUAAGAACAUAUGGCCCAGUAAGAUGCGUAGUUGAUAAAGGCAUUUGCCACCAAGCCUAAUACCCUGAGUUCAGUCUCCAGUACCCACUUGGUAAAAAGUGAAAACUGACUCCAACAAAUUUUUUUUUUUGUACUUUCACACACACGCACACGCACACACACACACAAUAAAAAUAUUUAGUGGAUCUACUGGAUCUAACUUUAUAGUUGUAACUUUGCUGGAAGUAGCUAAAAUGAUCAGGCUGGUCUCGAAUACAUUUCUGCCAAGUACUGGAAUUAAAUACAUGUGCCACCACAUCUGGUUAAAUACAUUUUAAAGAAAGAUAUAAAGCUGUGGUGGUGGCCCAUGUCUUAGUCUCAACACUUAGGAGGCAGAGGCAGGAGGAUUGCUGUAAGUUUGAGAUCAUUCAGGUCCACAGAGCAUGUUUCAGAACAGCAAGGGCUACACAGAGAAACCCUGUCUCGAAGAAGAAAAAAGAACAGAAAAAGCAAAGUUAGCUGGUCCUAAAUCAAAGUUUGAAUGUGUUGUUUGUGAACUUAAGUUUCCAAGUAAACAAGUUAGCCAUAUUUGACUGAUCAUAAGAAGAAAAUUUUUAAAGUGUAUAUCGGCUCUUUAGGCUAAUUUGACUAUUUCUUUAUUUUUGGAUAUUUUAGAAGCUUAAAGGCAGACAUAGGGUCAUACCUAUAGUAUUAGCUGCUCGGAAGCCUGAGCCCCAGAGGUCAAAACUGGUUAGGGUUACAUAGUGAGACCCCGUCUAAAAGUAAAACAGAAAAAUAAGACAUUUCUUCCUUGUGUCAUUUCCAUCAUUUCUUUUCCUUUGAAAUGGCAUCCUUGGGUCUCAGUCAUGAGUAUAGUUAAGAAGUAAGUUCAUUGUCCCUGUAGGACCUGAUUUCACCUUACUGCAUGCUUUCUCUCCAUAGAAUUAAGAAGUGUUUGUAGGUUAUUUCAUUACUUCCCAUUUCCAACAGCUUCAGGCUGUCUACCCCCACUAUUGGGAUUGGCAUUUCCUUGAGACUAAAGAACUGCCACUGUGAACAUCUUGGUGGCCUUCUCCUAAAGUCUUUAGUAGAUAACUUUUAAUUUCUUUAUAAAACAAUUGUUAUAAGCUAAGAGAAAAUGUAAACUCUAGCUUACAAUUAGGAUUUUUCAAUUAUCACUAUAAUUCUGAAAAAUUAUUUAUCUUUAGUUAAUGAAGGAAAUGACCUCAAGUUUUAUUAGAAUAUUAAGAUAUUGUGAUGUAUUGUUUCUCACAAGUCACUCUUUUAUUGUAUACCAGCUUUUGAAUGAAAGUAUCUGGUGGAUGAGAGGAGCAAUAAUUUGAUUAGAAAUAUUGGCUGUCUGCCUAUCGUUUUAAAAUUGUAUGAUUUUGGAUAUAACCAGUUCAAAUUAGAACCCUGUGAAUUAAAAGGCUAAGAAAUAAUAAUGGGACUAUGUCAAUUUGAUUCCUGUUUUCCAUACUUUAAGAAUUUUAGCUGAAAAUUUGAAAAUAUAAAUUGUUAUAAUCUUAUGGAGGCUGUGAACAUGCAUUGCUUUUUUUAGCUUCUGACUUCCUACAUACCAUUGUGGUUAUGUCUGUCUUGAAAUAAAUUUAUCUUGUGUGCUUGUGUCAGCAUCAUGACCUGA